GGUCGCUUUUUAUUCACAAUCUUUCACGUUUUAUUCACAAUUUCUAAAAAGUUUAGUAAUUUAAUACAAUCGAACGUAAGCCGGCCCUCUGUUUCAACGUCUUAGGAAGUUUUUUGACUGCAAGAAAUCCAUGCACCCAAUUACAGUUGUCACUCUUUUUCAUAGAUAGUGCUCCGUAUCUCUCUUUCUUCUCUCUCUCUCUCUCUCUCACUGUAUAAAUAUAUAUACUACAUAUAUACACACACACACUUACUAGCUUUCAUCGAGAGAAUUAGACAUCAAAAUACGCAUCAGAAAUGGAAGAAGAAAUUCCCCAGCACCCACCGGAGAAAAUUCUCAGAGCAGCGUUAUCAGAGCUAAAAACACAGCAAGCAAUUGCAUGUCCAUUGAUGGCGAUGAACUUGACAUGGUUUGCCAAGAUAGCCAUCACCACAGCGUUUCUGGGUCGGCUAGGUGAGGUGGAGUUAGCCAGCGGGAGUCUUGGGUUCAUGUUUGCAAACGUGACUGGUUUCUCAGUCUUAAACGGUCUAUGUGGUGCCAUGGAACCCAUCUGUGGUCAAGCUUAUGGAGCAAAGAACUUCAAACUCCUUCACAAAACUCUCGUAAUGAUGAUCACUUUACUACUACUAACAUCACUCCCCGUUUGUUUCUUAUGGCUAAAUGUCGAUAAAAUCUUGAUUUGUUUCGGCCAACAAGAAGACAUUUCUAUCGAAGCAAAAAAGUAUUUGAUCUGUCUGUUACCUGAUCUCAUGAUAACCUCGUUUUUAUGUCCCCUUAAGUCGUAUUUAAGUUCACAAAGCAUCACAAUCCCAAUCAUGUUCACUUCUGCUCUUGCGGUUAUCCUCCAUGUCCCUGUUAACAUCUUCCUUGUAAAAACUCGGGGGUUUGAGGGGGUGGCAAUGGCGAUCUGGGUGACCGAUCUGGUGGUGGUUGUAAUGCUGGCGGUUUAUGUGGUGGUGGUGGAGUUUAAAAAGGGUGGCGGGACAUGGAAAGAAGGCGGAUGGAGUGACCAAACAUAUGAAGAUUGGGUUCGGUUAUUGAAACUAAGCGGGCCAUGUUGCCUGACCUCGUGUCUCGAGUGGUGGUGUUGGGAAAUAUUGGUUAUGUUAACCGGAAAGCUCCCGAAUGCUAAACAAGCGGUUGGAAUCAUCGCAAUUGUUCUCAAUUUUGACUAUUUACUUUUCUCGGUGAUGCUUUCGCUUGCCACGUGUGCAUCGAUUCGGGUCUCGAACGAGCUUGGUGGGGACCACGCGGGACACGCGUAUCGAGCCGUGUGUGUUUCAUUAGGGUUGGGUUUGGGUGCGGGUUUAGCCGGUGGGUUAGCCACAGUGUUGGUUAGGGGGAAUUGGGGUGGUUUGUUUAGCCGUGAUAUGGGGGUGGUGAGAGGUGUUCGGGAUGCCAUGUUGUGGAUGGGUAUUUUGGAGGUGGUGAAUUUUCCGUUGGCGGUUUGUGGCGGCAUUGUACGGGGAACCGCCAGACCGUGGUUGGCGAUGUAUGCAAACAUCAGUGGAUUUUACUUUUUAGCAUUGCCUUUAGGCGUUGUUUUAGCUUUUAAGGUUCAUAUGGGAGUCCGGGGACUUUUAAUAGGGUUCAUGGUUGGGCUUCUUUGUUGUUUAAUUUUGUUGGUGGUGUUAAUUUUGAGGAUUAACUGGACAGAUGAAGCUAAUAAAGCACAAAGGCUUGCAGCCGACUGCGAUAAAGAUGUAGGCUGCAAGGCUUCAGCAAUUGCUGACAAUAUUGCCUCAGCAUGACCAGUUUGUUGGUCAUGCUGCUGACAGCUUUAUCUGUGUAUAUAAAAUUUGAAAUUUUGAAUUUGCUUUAUCCAAAAAAUUUUGAUAAAUAUAAUAUUAAUAUUUAUCAUGAUAACUCCAAAGGAACCAUAUCCAUAUGAUUGUGGAUACUAAAUAGGAUAGCAUUAACAUUAGAUAUACAUGUGUAAUAGAGGAUUAACAUAAGAUUUGCAUUAAGUUGGGCCCACAUUGACUAAAGAAGGACAAUUAUGUGGGUGAGAAAAUGGUUGUACAUCUAGAAAGAAUGUAAUAAAGCAGUGAUUCCACUACAGCGUAUCCUUUAAGUGAUUGGUUUUAAAAAGGGAGUUAUCUAAUAACAUAACAAAAUUAGAUAUAAAAAAAUAAUGCAAUGGUGGGAGUUUUAAAAGUCAGAUAUGCAUGGUACUUUCUUAUCUGAAAUCUUAAAGUUCUAAUAUUUUGGAAGUUUUGAAGUUAUAUAAGGAAGCAUUGCUUGAUUGUAGAAAGUGAAUAUGAUAAGAUAAAGUUGAAAGAAACAAGAAUGGUGGUGAUGGUAAAUUUGAUUGUGAAGUUUUAUAAGAAUUAAUUAUCACAAAACUGAACAAGAUGAUUAAAAUGGCGAUUCCAUUUGAUACAGAAAGAGUUGGGAGUUGGUGAAGAAGUAAAAUUCUUAAUCUUCAACAAAACCUGGUUUAGAAAUUAAAGAUUGAAGUUGUUGUGCUAGUUGAUCAUUGAAGCCAAGGGUAGCCAUGAUCUUGUAUCCUGCUGCUUCCUUUUCAGACCAUACUCCAAGAAGCAGGUGAGAUGUUGUAAUUUCCCCAUCAUCACCUAAACAAAAUAAACGAUUAAAUUAUAUAUCUGAAUUAUGAUUUAUUUAGAAAAAUGUAAUGAAGAAGGUUGGGUUGCCUGAUUUGAGUUUUUGAUCAACAGCCCAAUCAAGGGCCUUUUGGGCUGCUUCAGUCAAAGGAGGAUGCUCGGGGCUGAAAAAGAAAUAGUCGGGUUUUCCAAUCAAUUUGAUGGCCUCCUCUCGCACUUUGACAAGUGUAAAUCCAUUUGCACGCAACAGUUUUGAAGCCCUAUUUGU